AUGUCGUGGCCGCCGGGCGCGAGCCUUUGCGUCGGGCCCGCGGGCGGCGCCUGCGCGGCGGCGGCCGCCGCAGGCGCUCCCGCGGAGCGCUCCUGCAGCUUCGCACGGUGGUGCACCCCAGAGGGCCUUGCGGUGGACGCGUGCCUGCGCUGGCACAGCGGCCUCCCGAAGAGCCUGCCCGCGGACAGGGAGGAGCCCCUCUGCACCCUGCGGCUCUGCGUGCACGCCUCGCCGCCGGAGCACCUCGACGCGCAGCUGCGGGCACAUCACCUGCGGCCGCCCCUGGAGGCGUGGACCGAGCCUCAGCUGCGGCGCCUGGUGGUCGCCAUGAUGGGGGAACCCGCCGCCGCUGGCGACCGCCACAGUGCUGACCGCGUGCAGCUCCAGCGUGAGCCAGGAAGAUUGGCGAUCGACGUGCUCUUCGGGCCCCCUGGCGGGGAGUCGCCGAGGGCUGAGCAGAGGCUGUCCGACAUGCUGGGGCGCCUCGAGGGAAGCGUCCUCGAAGCUUUCUGCGCUGGCCUCAGCCGCGGCGUGUCGCGUGGACAAGGGGAGCAGGUCCAGGGCACCUGCUUGUGCCCCAGGGGGCCAGGGCCCCUGACGCCAGGGCGCUGCAAGCCAGGACUUGGAGAGUUCGAGCUGCAGGGAGCCGAAGGCCGGGCGGAGGUCGUCGAGCACGACAUUUGGGACUCCUUCGGCCCCGGCUUCUGCCGCUCCCGCGACCGGUGCGCCUGCGCGCCGAGGAGCCCCAAGGACUGCGCCGUGACCGCGCGGGGCGGCGCCGGGUCGUGGAGCCACGAGGGGGCGAGGUGCCGCGUGGCGGGUGCGGACGUGGCGCGCGAGGCGGGCGGCUGCGGCGAGCUCUGCGCGCGCGACCCCACCUGCCACUUCGCGUACGCCGACUGGGACGGCUGCCUGCUCUACCGGGCCUGCGACCUGUCGCGCGCCCCGGACCGCCAGGGGGCCAACCUCAGCUGGCAGACCGAGCGGUGCACCUGCGCCGAGCUGCCGAGCGGGUCGGACUGCGCUGCGUCCGUCGCGGGCCAGCCGGGCCAUGCCCCAGGCACCUGCCGCUUGGGAGACCUGCACGCCCUGGAGGACUGCCGCGAGUCUUGUGUGGCGGACCUCACGUGCCGCUUCGCAUACUUCGAGAGGGGCGGCUGCCACAUGUACCGGUCGUGCAUCAGCUCGAGGGUGCCCGCCAAUGCUGGCACCAACAUGCGCAGGGUCCCCGACCUGGGUGCCGCUCAAGUCGAGAGGCACGACAUCUUUUUGACGACUGGCCACGGCUUCUGCGAGCCGGGGAGGCUCUGCACCUGCGCGGAGAGCGCGGAGGUCUGCGCUGAGUCGCUGCGGGCGCACCCGCACGGGGUGCCGCCGGGCACCUGCCUCAGGGCGGGCGUGAGGGCGCUAGAAGACUGCCAGCAGAUGUGCGCAGCGGACCCGAGCUGCUGGUUCGCGUACUUCGAGCAGGGAGGCUGCCACCUGUACGAGUCCUGCGAGAAGUCCCGGGUGCCCAUGCACGACGGGGUCAACCUGCGGAGGCUGCCGCCCGCGGAGGCCGGCGAGGUCAGGCACGGCGGGGUGCCUCGCCGCGUGCGCGUCCUGCGGCUGCUCUGGGUGCACCUGGGGCUCGUGCGGGGCGGCGGGGUGAAGAUGGUGCCGUACGUGCAGACUUGGCUCUGGCCUUCUGUCACUCUGGCGGGCUUCUCAUCCCUCUGCUUCGGCGUCUACAUAGGCAAGAUCACCAACUCUCACGAAUGGAAGGAGAUCUUCCUGGACUAUUGCCACCACAAGCGCACCCAGUAUUCGCCCAACCCGCUGGACAAGAUUGCGCGCAUGUGCAUGAACAUAUUGAAGAUAGCUCCGAAGUGA